AUGUUAACAAAGUAAUACCGUCAGUCAGCCGUGAGGUAACAAACUAUGAUUCAUUCACCGGUAUCGAAACCGCACAACGUCGGGAUCUGUCACUAGCGCUCGUAACACUGACAGCUUUGUCAGCCUGGCCUGUUGAGGGGACACUUUGUUUGGACCAAUGCAGACCCCCCCUCACAUCCUCACUGUCAGUGCCUGUGCGUGGGCCAGAAGUUUUUGCCGCUUUCGAGAUAUUGGAACCAGUGAAAACCUGGAUGUGCCGGAAAAGAUGUCUGUCAGCGUCCACGAAAACCGCAAGUCGAGAACGAGCACAGGUUCUAUGAACAUCUCGCUCUUCCACAAGCCCUCCCAUCCAGACAGUGUCCUCACCCACCUCAACACCCUUCGCAAACAGUGCAUGUUUACAGAUGUAACGCUAUGGGCUGGCGACCGCUCUUUUCCCUGCCACCGAGCUGUGCUCGCAGCAUGCAGCCGCUAUUUUGAAGCCAUGUUUAGCGGCGGCCUCCGCGAGAGCCUGGACAACGAAGUUAACUUCCGUGACAGCGUUCACCCGGAGGUUCUGGAGCUGCUGUUGGACUUUGCAUACUCCUCACGCAUCAUCAUCAACGAGGAGAAUGCGGAGUCACUUCUCGAGGCCGGAGACAUGCUGCAAUUUCAUGAUAUCCGCGAUGCAGCAGCAGAGUUUUUGGAGAAGAACUUGUAUGCGUCGAACUGCCUGGGGAUGAUGCUGCUUUCCGAUGCCCAUCAGUGCAAGCGCCUCUAUGAGCUGUCAUGGAGGAUGUGCCUCAUCCACUUUGAGAUUCUUCGAGACACGGAAGACUUCUGUAGCCUCUCGAAAGACAAGCUUAUGGAUCUCAUCCUCAGCGACGAGCUGGAGAUUGAAGACGAACAGAUCGUUUUCAACGCAGUCAUGCGCUGGGUUCGAUAUGACUUGGAUAGCCGCAGAGACUAUCUUCCCCAUCUGCUAGGAGGAAUACGCCUUGCAUUGUUGCCUUCGGAAUGCCUCAUUGAGGCUGUUGCAUGUGAAGAACUUGUGAUGUCGGAUAAAAGAAGCAGACUGAUCGUCGAUGAGGCAAUGCAGUGCAAGAAGAAGAUUCUUCAGAAUGACUGUGUCGUCACCAGCCCCUGCGCCAGGCCUCGGAAAGCUGGGCACACCCUGCUCAUUCUUGGGGGCCAGACCUUCAUGUGUGAUAAAAUCUACCAAGUGGACCACAAAGCAAAAGAGAUCAUCCCAAAAUCAGAUCUUCCCAGUCCUAGGAAGGAAUUCAGCGCAUGUGCCAUUGGCUGCAAGGUUUACGUGACCGGAGGAAGGGGGUCGGAAAAUGGAGUAUCGAAGGACGUUUGGAUAUACGACACUGUUCACGAAGAAUGGUCGAAAGGCGCCCCAAUGUUAAUAGCGCGUUUUGGUCACGGCUCGGCUGAACUUGAAAACUGCCUCUAUGUUGUUGGGGGUCACACUGCUAUAGCAGGUGUCUUCCCGGCCUCCCCUUCAGUGUCUCUCAAACAGGUCGAGCGAUACGACCCACUAACCAACAAAUGGACAAUGAUGGCACCACUUCGGGAUGGUGUCAGCAAUGCAGCAGUUGUCAGUGCAAAACUAAAACUUUUCGUGUUUGGUGGAACAACCAUCCACAGGGACAAGGCCUCCAAGGUCCAGUGUUACGACCCCAUUGAGAAUCGCUGGACCAUAGCUGCAGAGUGCCCGCAACCUUGGAGAUACACGGCUGCUGCGGUCCUCGGCAGUCAGAUAUUCAUAAUGGGUGGAGACACGGAGUUUACUGCAGCAUCCGCAUACCGAUUCGACUGCGAGACCAAUCUAUGGACACGUGUGGGUGACAUGACCUCCAAAAGAAUGAGCUGCCAUGCUGUGGCCUCUGGGAAUAAACUGUAUGUUGUAGGGGGUUACUUUGGGACGCAGCGGUGUAAAACUCUAGAUUGUUAUGACCCGACGUCUGAUAGCUGGAACAGUAUUACGACCGUGCCUUAUUCACUGAUUCCAACAGCGUUUGUCAGCACCUGGAAACAUCUUCCUGCCUAGGUGACUCCGGUUGAAGCGUAUGGAGAUGAUCUGGGUGCCAUGGUCCUCUGACCACACUGAAUGGAGCACAGUAGGACUGGAUUGUCAUUGGCUGGCCCGAAGCACCUCUGCUGGGCGUGGCGUGGCGGGCGGUUGCUCACGGCCACUCUGCAGAGAGCCUGAAAACAAACCGACUAUCCAUUGCUGAAGAGGAAAAAACUAUCUGAGAAGGGAGGCCUUUGUGUUCUUCUCCCUACAGCACAAAGCUAAGCCAAUGCUUGUUCAUUGCCAAAUCAGAGGCAUGAUGACACAAUAACCUCUUGCACCAAUUUCUGCUCUGUUUCACGGGUCUUUCGUGUUUUUGCUAGUGUGACAAACACUUUUGCAACCCGACCCGAGGGCAAGAACAUUCCUGCAGUUGUCAUUUUGGGAGCUACAUUAAUGUUGCCGAGACUUGAUUUUUGCAUGAUUUCUUUCACUAAAACUGCCAGCGCAGCAUGUCUAUGGUCGCGUUCCAUUGCUUCCAGUACAUGGAAUGCUACAAUGCAUCUAUGGGAUGGACGAACCUACGGUUGAAUAUCUACAGAUAUGCAGCAGCAGAACAUCCCCAUGGGAAAGUGCAAGCUUGCUCGAGCAGGAUUUGACCUGUACUUAAAGAAUCUGUGAUUUUAACCUGAACUCGUAUAGAUUCCACAGCACAACUUUCAUUUUAAGAUUUUGGAACAUUUCUCAGAUUACUGAAGGUGUACACAUUUGAUAAAAUGCAUUUAAUUUGUGUUUGUAUCAGAAUACUGAAUGCAAAAACUGCACAUGAUACUACAUGUAUAAUUUUGGAUGAUGAGGGUAUUGAUGUUUUCCACCCCUGGAUUAUGUUUUUAGAAUAACAGUAACUCUGAAAUGAAGGGUUGAUAUUCUCGCUCAGUUUUACGGACGCUUGAAAAGGAACAACGAUUUAAGUUUUGUUUUCGGAGGGAGUUUUGUCUUUAAUGUAAAUGCCUCCCUGCUCAACAUUUCCAUUUGAAGAGGACAUUUAGGGAUUAUGCUGAAAAUCCCACUGGCGUCUUUGUGAACUGAAUUUCUGGUAGACGUGUUUGUUACGCACUCAGUCGAUUGAAGGGUUUGAAUAAAUGAUUUUUUGAUGCUUGCAGACUGGUUUCAUAAGCACCCUGAAGGUUUGAAAACAGAGUUCUAUUUUUAAACGCUCUUCUAUGAAACAUCCCGUUGUUCUUUCUUUUAUGUAACAGGGAAGAGCUUUACAUUAUUAGGUAAAUCGUAUAAUGCCCAAACUAAAUCCAGAAGGAUUUUUUUUAGAUUGCUUCAAAAUUAGAAAUUUUAUCCACUGCGGGAAGUUGCGUCUGGCAUGACAAGUAUUGACAUGUCGCUGAAUUGAGUAAUUAGUGUAAGUUUUUAUGGCCGAUGAUCAAAAACCUCUACAAAACAUCUGCACAGUUUUGUCUGCAUAGAGUCAACUUCUUUGCAAUUUCCUUUUAAAACUAUUGAUCGCGGGCUGACAGCCUAGUGCAUUCUGGGAAGGGGUGAGAAGAGCCCUCCAGCCCUGACAAGGGCACAGGCAUUUGGAGAUUGAGCACCCUGGGUGAAUAGAAGGUAAAUCCUCUGCCAGGCAAGAAUGUUGAGUCUAGUCCCUCCUGCCACUCACGUUGUCUUACACGCCACCUGCUCGCCCUGAGGAUAGAUCUCAAAUAACAGCCCUUAAGCUCCUUCGUAGACACCAAAGCAAGAGACCUUCACUACGUUGAAGUGCACAUAUGGCAGUGUUGAUGAUGCUUAAACCAGAAAACAUGCCAAAUUCAAUCCAAAAAUUGUAAUUCCAUUAGAUUAUCAUUACUAUACUACCGUAUUUAAUAAUGCUCUUUCAAUCUUACUAUUUUAAAUAUGCGUUUUGUUUUUUGGGGUGACCUUUGACCUGUAUUACUAUCAUAUGUUAUUCUGUUUUUCACAAAGUUGUGAUUUCAUAAAUGUAACAUUUAUUUGCAUAUCCUCUCGUUGCGCACAGUGUAACUUUUGUGGUUAGUGACCGGCAACACCGGCAGCCUCACGCAGAGAGGGUUUGCUAAUUGAAAUUCAGAAGUGUGUUUGGCCUCCGUUUUCUGUGAACCAGAGCGUAAUCGAGGCUCCAAAGCAUCUCGCUCAUGUAUAUUUGAACAGGGCUUCAUUGCCUGGUUAAAAAUUCCCUGAAACAAUUCGACGAAAUCCUUAACAACUUCUCAAGAACUUCACAGAGCCUUACUAAACCCUGCGGGCUUUGAAUUUACAACGAAUACAAAAUCUCAGAUGUUAAGCUUCACAGAAUGAGAUGUUUUUUCCAUCUCUUUUCAUUUGUUUUAAUGGUGUUGUGAACAGCAGGAAAACGCGAUGCCAAUUUGUAAAUAGCGUAAUGCAGAAAAUCGUGCCAAACUAAAACUUUACAAAUAAUAGCAACUUAUUAUAAUGAUCAGAAACACUUCCAAUAUUUGUUUUUGGUUAAAAAGGUUACAUUUUGGAAAAAACUAGUGGAGUUAGAUGCCUCUGUGGACGCUUUUCAUUUGUGCAAUAAUUCUGUGUUGCUUUGUCCCGUGAAGUGCCUUAAAGUGUGGUUUAUUGAUUUAAAACAUUUUCAUUGUCUGGGAUCCUUUCACAUCGAAAUGUUUUACAAAAAAGAAUUCAUAAAGCGUAAAGUGUAUAAUUGCUUUUAAUUUUAGGCUCUGUCUAGGGAAAUGGUGAUGAACAUGGUCUCAUUUUCACAUUUGUAAAAGUGAUAGCUGAGAUCACACUUCUUUGAUCGUGCUUCACAGCUGAUGUCUCGGUCUGAUUUCUUUAGACUCGCAUUUAACAAUCUGGAUUACUGGAUUACUGGUCAUUAGCCCCAGUACACAAAAAACGCAGGGUUAUUUAUAACCCAUGCAUGGUUGGGUCAACAAGCGACAAACCCAACCGCUGGGUUAUAAAUUAACCUGGUCGUUUCAGCACAAUGAUUCUAGAAACAAAUCAUCUAGAAUUGUUUUCGAAUGUUUAACCUUUGUUUUUAAAUCUCUGCAUAAUCAAGCACCAUUAUAUCUCUCUGAAGCAAUCUCUUUUCACAGACCAAAUAGGCCCCUGAGAUCUAGUAAUCUUGGUCUCCUCUCUGUUCCUAGAUCAAGGUUCCACUCCCUACCAAACACCUACUGUCUGUUGAUUUUAACUGUAGCUGAGAUCAUCUGUAUUUGUGAUUUUUUUGUUGUGUUGUAUUGUGUAACUAAUUGUGUUUAUUUUUAGCUGUAUUGUACAGCACUUUGGAUCAACUGAGUGUUGUGUGAAUGUGCUUUAUAAAUAAAGUAAGAAAG